GCUGUGAAUUUCCACUCUGUUGAUAACAAUCGUUGGAAAUGUGCUACCUGUCCUAAAAAGUUACCUUACUUCUGAUACUAUGGUGGUUUGAACAUAUGAAAAGGCACCUGAAGGCAGUAAAAUGUGGAUAUUGUCACCGCUGGAGCCCGGAGGUGAGACCCACUAUCUCCUCUCCAGUAAAGAGUACGUGGUGGGGCGCAAGAACUGUGACAUCCUCCUCUCCAACGACCAGUCCAUCAGCAGGGCUCACGCUUACCUCACUGCGACUGACCAGACUCUGACUCUAAAAGAUGUUUCCAAAUAUGGUUCGUUUGUCAACGGUCAGCGGUUGACAGAGAACACACCAGUGACCCUGAGGUCAGGAGACAAUGUGACAUUCGGGGUUUUUCAAAGCAAAUUCACUGUGGACCAUCAGAGGCCAGUGGUGUGCUCGUCAUGUCUGGACAAUGACGGCAAAGCGUCGCUCUCUCAGGCGCUGAUGGCUUUAGGUGGAAAGCUGGUCAACACCUGGACUGAGGACUGCACCCACCUGGUGAUGCCCACAGCGAAAGUCACUAUCAAGACCAUUUCUGCUCUGCUGUGCUGUCGUCUCAUCGUGAAGCCGGAGUUCUUCUCAGAGCUCAGCCAAGCCGCUCAGCAAAAAUUACCCCCUCCGAAAGCUGAGAGUUUCGUCCCUGAAAUCGAUGAGCCCAGCUUGAGAAAAGAGGAUGUUAACCUUGGAGGGAUUCCAGCUCGCAAACAGCUUUUCACCGGAAAGACCUUCAUAUUCUUCAGUGCCAAACAACUGAAGCGUCUGAGUGCAGCAGUGAGUUUUGGAGGUGGCAGGAGUCAGCUGCUGCAGGAGGGCUCUCUGCCGCGGGACCUGCUGGAGUCUCCACGCAGCUGUGUGAUCGAUGUUAUGGCAGGCAGCUCCCAAACUUUGCUUCCUUCCUCGACCACAGAGUGGGCGAACUCUGCAAAGGACAUUGUUCAAAGAAAAGGCUUCAGAGUCAUCAUAGAGUCUGAAAUCGGUUUGGCCGCAAUCUAUGCUUCCUGUGACGAGUACUGCAAUCCAUCCAGUCUGACACCAAAGUCAGAGUCGGCACCAAAAGUGAAACCCAGAAUCCCGAGUGCUUCGCUGUCGCAGAGCGUGGCGGUGAAUGAGACCGUGUUACCUGCAGCAUCUCAGAACAUCACAGCUUAUGCCGUCAACACGGAGCUGUCACACGGGACAGAGAUGAGAGAAGUUACAGAGGUGGUGGCGGUUGGGGAGACUCCUGAGAAGAAGCAAAAUCAGAGCAGCGUUCUGCUCCAUCGAUCCAAACCUGAAGCUCAGAAGACGACAGCUCAGCACGUCGUGUCUGAUACAUUGAGCUCAUCGGUGAACAUGGUUGAGAACACGGCCUCACAGAGGAAGAAGCUCGAGUCCAAACCGACAGGUGCAGGCAGUAGUGUCGUUUGGACGCAGCCCUCCGUUCACAGGACCAGUGGUGGCAAUAAGACAUUUCUACAGAGGCAAUCUCCACAGAAACAAAAAAUCUCUCCACAAGCUUCUCCGCAGAAACAAUCAACUCUGACCAGCUUCUUUCAAACAGUCAACAAGAAAAGGCCUUUGGAGGACGAGCUGUGCGCUGUCACGUCAGAGCCAAAACGACCUUCACUGGAAUCAUCCAUCAGCUCACAGGCGCCAAACACCUCAGCCACGUCUAAGGAAACAUACUCACGUGCAGGCAGAGUCACUGAGGCAGCCUCUCAGGCUGCACAGGGCUCAGCAGCUGAUCUUUUUGGGCGAUCAGAGGCUCAGUCAGACAGGAGGUCGCAUGCUGUCCAGGAGGAGCCACGGAGCAGAAAGAGGAAGGAGAUGGAGGAAGAGAUACAGAUGGAUGAACUGGAGUCUCUUAUGUCUGAGGAUAUGGACUUCUUUGAGGAGCCACCCUCGGUUAAUCAGCGCCAGAAAGCGCAGCCACUAAUGUGCGGUUCAAUCGGCCAGAAAUCAACCGAACAGAAACAAAGUUUAAAUACUGAGGAGGCUUUUUCUUCAAGUAAAAGGCAGCGGAUCCUCGUCGAAGAAAACGUAAAGAACCAGAGGCCACAGGUGGGCCUGGAAAAAGAGUCCGCUUCACAUAACAACAAAAUACCUGAUCCGCAUAUUGUCUCCAUCAAGACGGAGCAGGUUGAUCCUUUAGAAUACAGAAAAAGUGAUCAGAACAAACCUCCAAAAGUGCCGUCUGCCAGUACGAGUGAAAACAUCCAGCCUUUUGAUGAUGAUGAGGUGUCUUUCAUUGAGGAUUUAAAGCUACUUGAAGGAGAUAUUAGCGAGGCCAAAAAAGAGACCAAGACUCCUCUGAAACCAGUUAAAGUCAAACAGGAAGUCCAAGAGUCAAAGAUUGUCGAGGACCUCCCCAAAAAGCUGGUGUUAGUGGAGUUUAGAUCUCUCACUGUGUCUGCACCUCCCCAAACCAAACCCCAGAAGACGCACAGCAACGGCUACGCAAAGAACUUCAAAUGUUUCCGCAAGGUCUGCGUGCCGGGUGCAGACUGCCGACCUCACGUCAUCGGAGGUUCUGAUCUCCUGGUUCACAACCGGGGCAAAAACUCUGAUCUGGAUGAAUGGUUGAAAGAUGCAGCUGAGGAGGAACGUCAGAGCCGGCAGGAUGAGACUGUUGGAGAUGACCUCUUUAGGUACAACCCCACCAAACUAUCCAGGAGAAGAUGAAAUACCUUCAUCUUAAUGGGAAUACAUUCAAAGCCACAAGAAGUAUGUCAAACUCCAUCAACACACUAUUAAAACAACUCCAGAAAUCCUAAUUUGUUAACUCCAGAUUUAAAUUAAAACUGUAACUGCUUCAUAGCUGCUAAAAUAAUCAGAAGUGUUUGUCAGUGCCUUUCCUGUUCUCUCUGUUCUAUCUAUAAAUGUCACAAAUUAAGCCACUGACAGCGAACAAUGUAACAAAACAGACUUGUGUUCAGAGAUUUUUGUUUUUCAAAGUUUUAUUCAUCAAUAAUAAAAAAUGCGGCAUACAAAA